GCAGUUAGCCCGAGGAUGUCGCUUUCACUGUUUGUGGAUGCUGCUGAAGGGACUCUGUCUCAUUUUUGUCUGUUUGACUUUCAGCAAUCAGUCCUGGCUGCUCUCUACAGCUCCGAGGGAUCUGUAAUGGAGAGACACCACUUUGCCCAGGCAAUUGCUAUUCUCAACACACAAGGCUGCAACAUCUUUGAGAAAUUCUCCAGGAAGGAUUAUCAGAGGAUGCUGGAUCUGAUGAGAGAAAUAAUUCUGGCUACAGACCUGGCUCAUCACCUUCGAAUUUUUAAGGACUUGCAAAGGAUGGCUGAUGAUGGAUACAAUACAAAGAGUCGCAACCAUCACUCCUUGCUGCUGUGCCUGCUGAUGACUUCCUGUGAUCUGUCAGACCAAACCAAGGAUUGGAAAACAACACGCAAGAUUGCGGAGCUGAUUUACAAAGAGUUCUUCUCUCAAGGAGAUCUGGAGAAAGCCAUGGGGAACAGACCAAGUGAGAUGAUGGACAGAGAGAAAGCGUAUAUCCCAGAACUACAGAUCAGCUUCAUGGAGCAUAUCGCCAUGCCCAUCUACAAGCUACUGUCCGAACUGUUCCCCGGCGCCACUGAGCUGUACGAGCGGGUAGCAGCGAAUCGCGAGCAGUGGACCAAAGUCUCCCAUAAGUUCACCAUCCGCGGGUUGCCCAGCAACAACAGCCUGGACUUCCUGGACCAGGAGUACGAGCUGCUUCAGUCGCAGGGUGCUUUUGGGAGCGACGACCACUGCCUGAAUGGCUGUCUGGAUGACACAGAGGGAGGUCAGGGCCAGUGACAAACAGCGGGGCCUCCGACAGCGCGUUAAUCUUGAAGUUUUCUCGUGGUCCAACAAGAGGCGAAGAAUACUUUUCUAGAGGCCAAAGACAGGCUGGUCUCUGAUGUCAACCAGCUGGCGUGCUUUAGUAGGCCUUGCAGGAUGGAAACUAAAUCAGACGGAUGCUCUGAACCGAUUCGUCUGAGUCACUGAUUCGAUGCUUGAUGUCGCUUGUGUCAACCAGUCGAGGAGCGUAAAAGAUGAGGAGUAUCUUUUUACAUGUCACACGUUCAUUCGUACAGUACUGAUCCUUCUUAAGAUUGUAAAAAAAAAUAAAA